CGUCGCCCCUAUUAAGUCCCGCCUUGCUCCCCCGCCCUGCCGGCCCGUCUGCUCGGCCCAUUGGCCUGUGCGCCAUAUUGUCGGCGAAGGAGGGACGGGAAGGAGCGGCGACAUGGAAACCAUGGCGAGCCCAGCAAAAGAGAACAAUUACAGAAUGAAAAGUUACAAAAACAAAGCUUUGAACCCAGAGGAGAUGCGCCGGAGGAGAGAAGAGGAGGGGAUCCAGCUACGCAAACAGAAACGGGAGCAGCAGCUCUUUAAAAGGAGAAAUGUGGAGCUAAUUAAUGAAGAUGGUGCUAUGUUUGACAGUCCCCUGGUCGAUUCCUUGGUCAGCUCUACAGUUGGUAGUGAGGGCGUGAUCACAAUGGAGAUGGUGAAAAUGUUGUUCUCUGAAGAUCCUGAUCUUCAGUUAGUAACUACCCAGCGAUUCAGGAAGCUACUUUCGAAAGAGCCCAAUCCUCCAAUCGACGAGGUGAUAAGCACUCAGGGAGUUGUGCACAGGUUUGUUGAAUUCCUCAAGAGAAGUGAAAACAGCACACUACAGUUUGAAGCUGCGUGGGCAUUAACCAACAUCGCCUCAGGCACCUCACUACAAACUAAGAUAGUGAUCGAGGCCGGAGCAGUCCCGAUCUUCAUUGAAUUGCUAAGUGCUGAUUUUGAAGACGUCCAAGAGCAGGCUGUCUGGGCACUGGGGAACAUCGCUGGAGACAGCUCUGCCUGCCGUGACUAUGUCCUAAAUUAUGGCAUCCUUCCUCCUUUGUUGUUGCUCCUCACAAAAUCUACUAGAUUGACAAUGACACGAAAUGCAGUCUGGGCUUUGUCGAAUCUCUGCAGAGGGAAGAACCCACCUCCAGAGUUUGAGAAGGUGUCGUCCUGUUUGCCGGUCUUGUCUCGAUUGCUCUUCAGCAGCGACUCGGACUUGUUGGCAGAUGCCUGCUGGGCACUUUCCUAUCUGUCGGAUGGACCCAAUGAGAAAAUCCAGGCCGUCAUAGAUUCAGGAGUGUGCCGGCGACUGGUGGAAUUGCUGAUGCACAGCGAUUACAAGGUGGCUUCCCCAGCCUUGAGAGCAGUUGGCAACAUUGUGACGGGGGAUGAUAUCCAAACCCAGGUGAUCCUAAAUUGCUCGGCUUUGCCUUGUCUCCUUCACCUGCUUAGCAGCCCCAAAGAGUCCAUCCGGAAAGAAGCUUGCUGGACCAUCUCCAAUGUGACAGCAGGGAAUAGAGCUCAGAUACAGGCGGUCAUAGAUGCAAACAUCUUCCCAGUAUUAAUCGAGAUCCUGCAGAAGGCGGAAUUCCGCACGAGGAAAGAAGCGGCCUGGGCCAUCACAAACGCCACGUCAGGGGGCACGCCAGAGCAGAUUAAAUAUUUAGUAAACCUGGGCUGCAUUAAGCCCCUAUGUGACCUCUUGACCGUCAUGGACGCUAAGAUCGUUCAGGUGGCCCUGAAUGGCCUGGAGAACAUCUUGCGGCUGGGAGAGCAGGAGGCCAAGCAGAGCGGCACUGGCAUCAACCCUUACUGCAGCCUCAUUGAGGAGGCGUAUGGCCUGGAUAAAAUCGAGUUCCUCCAGAGCCACGAAAACCAGGAGAUCUACCAGAAGGCCUUUGACUUGUACGAGCACUACUUUGGCAUCGAGGACGAUGACUCCACUCUGGCCCCCCAGGUGGACGAAGCUCAGCAGCAGUUCAUCUUCCAGCAGCCUGAGGCCCCCAUGGAAGGCUUCCAGCUAUAACCCGCCGGCGGCGUUGGAGGGGAAGAAGACCCUCCCCUUGAUGGAAAGUCGACCGCCAAGGGCCUUCCCACCCCCACCCCGUUUCCUUCUCUGCCCCGGCAGAAGGCGGCCCUGCCUGCUCCACCCGUUUCUCCUUCGCGACACGCAGUAGCAGCUGUGAACUCUUUUCUGGAGAGGAGAUACUCCUACACGCUAGUUUUCUUCCCAUUUUUGUGCUGCACGGGUGCGUCAAAAAAGCAGGUGCUGAAGUGGAUGGAGGAAGGAGGUGUAAAUGCCUUCUAGUUUGUGGUUUUCCUCCAGUUUUUUUUUUCUUUUGUGGUGUAUUAUUUUUUUCUCCUCAGAUGAGAUUUUUCGCUUGGGUACUUGAGAGAUGACUUUUCUGCCCCAAUGGGAGAAGGCAAGGUAACCUGAAUCGUAACCAAGGAAUCUAUUCUGGAUGCUUGGAGUCAACUAUUUAAAACAAUUUGCACAUGUUAAUUUUUAUUAGAGACUUCUCUUAAUUUGCCAAAUGCACCACUUUGGCCCACACAGGCUCUUUUUUUGGGGGGGGGAGGGAGGGAGGGAAGUCCUCUUGCCAAACAGCACCUUUUGAGGGAAUUGGGUCAAGUUGCUGCUGUUUUUGUCCCUCUCCACUAGAUAUAUAUAGAUCUAAAAGAAAAAAGAAAAACUGCACAGAGAUGCAGGCUGAAUUGGACUGUCGCAUGAGGCCUUGGGAAGGCUUCCCCUGUCAGGUGGGGAGAGGAUUUUUCAGAGCAGUUUAAAGAUCCGAAAGCUCCUGACGCUGCAGUCUCCAGGGGAAGGCACAAGAAAGAACUCGAAAGCACAGCUGCCUUUUUAGGUGGGCUUAUUAACCUUUGCUACUGACUGAAGUGGUGAGCUAGAA